AUGAUGAUUGUUAACCACUCAAAGGAAAAAGCUUUUCUGGGUGAUCUAAAUGGCUGGAUGCUGUACUUGGCUAAUAGUAUGGUUGAUUGGUUUCCUGACAAAGACAGGAGAUUCAAGAAGCUUAUGGCUUGCACGGAGGAGGAGGAUAAGAUACAUAAAAAAGAGAUCAGGUACAAAGAAACAAAACGGAUAGCAAAGAAAGCAGUAGCGGAGGGGGAGAAGUAUAUUUUUAAGUUAGCAAAAGUCAGAUCUAGACAAAAGGAUUUAGGGACAGUGAAGUUCAUUAAAGAUGAAGGUGGACGAGUACUCCUUAGACAAGAGGAUAUCAAAACGAGAUGGCAUCAAUAUUUUUCCCAACUGCUCAAUGAGACUAAGGGUCUAAAGGAGGAGAUUCGACAAACUUUGGUCAUCCAAAGAACACAGGAUCAUAGGUCGAUUAUUGAUAUUACCACGAGGGAAGUAGGAGAAUCUCUCAAAAAGAAGGAGGGAUCAAAGGCAUUUGGACAUAAUAACAUCUUGAUUGAGGUGUGGAGGGGUUUAGGAGAUGAGGGUAUUCAUUGGCUUACUAACCUCUUGAAUGUCAUCUUGAGGUCUCGUGAGAUGCCAGAAGAAUGGAGGGUUAGCACACUUAUCCCACUGUUUAAAAAUAAGGGCGAUGCACUAGUAUGCGGGAACUAUAAAGGAAUCAAACUUUUAAGCCACACAAUGAAAACUGUGGGAAAGAGUGAUUGA